AUGACGGGGAGCCCUGAUGCCAUGAAGACAGUUUGUACCCCACGGAGAGAUGGGGACCAGGGCAUCUACAGUGCUUUGGAGGUGAGGCUGGCGGACGGCGGCAGGCGCUGUGCUGGGAGAGUGGAGGUGAAACAUCAGGGCAAGUGGGGGACUGUGUGUGAUGACUACUGGGCCAUGAAGGAUGCAGCAGUGGUUUGUAAGGAGCUGGGCUGUGGGUCUGCUGUUGGAGCACCUCAGUACGGAUACUUUGGGCCAGGAUCUGGCCCCAUUUGGAUGGAUGAUGUUGGCUGUAAUGGCACCGAAUCUGCCCUGUCUGACUGCACACACAGAGGAUGGGGUGAACAUAACUGUGAACAUUCUGAGGAUGCUGGAGUGAUGUGUUCAGGUGCUGUGGAGGUGAGGCUGGCGGACGGCGGCAGGCACUGUGCUGGAAGAGUGGAGGUGAAACAUCAGGGCAAGUGGGGGACUGUGUGUGGUGAUUACUGGAGCAUGAAGGAUGCAGCAGUGGUUUGUAAGGAGCUGGGCUGUGGGUCUGCUGUUGGAGCACCUCAGUACGGACACUUUGGGCCAGGAUCUGGCCCUAUUUGGAUGGAUGAUGUUGGCUGUAAUGGCACCGAAUCUGCCCUGUCUGACUGCACACACAGAGGAUGGGGUGAACAUGACUGUGGUCAUCUCCGUGAUGCUGGAGUGGUGUGUUCAGGUGCUGUGGAGGUGAGGCUGGCGGACGGCGGCAGGCACUGUGCUGGAAGAGUGGAGGUGAAACAUCAGGGCAAGUGGGGGACCGUGUGUGGUGAUUACUGGAGCAUGAAGGAUGCAUCUGUGGUUUGUAAGCAGCUGGGCUGUGGGUCUGCUGUUGGAGCACCUCAGUACGGACACUUUUGGCCAGGAUCUGGCCCCAUUUGGAUGGAUGAUGUUAGCUGUAAUGGCACCGAAUCUGCCCUGUCUGACUGCACACACGGGGGAUGGGGUGAACAUGACUGUGGUCAUGUUGAUGAUGCUGGAGUGGUGUGUUCAGAGUACACAGGGAUCAGACUGGUGAACGGCAGCACAGUGUGUGCGGGGAGGGUGGAGGUCCAGGUGCUGGGGACCUGGGGGACCCUCUGUGCCUCCCGCUGGGAUCUCUCGGAUGCCCACGUUCUCUGUCAUCAACUCAACUGCGGGUUUGCUGAGUCCAUUCCUGGAGGAGAACAUUUUGGGAGAGAGACUGGCCCUGUCUGGAGAGACUCAUUCCACUGUGAUGGGACUGAAGCCCUCCUGCAACAGUGCCCAGUGACCACCCUGGGGGCCUCGCCAUGCUCCCAAGGGAACGCUGCUGCUGUCAUUUGCUCAGCCGGCUUUGGAUCCCUGCGGCUGGUGAGUGGAGGGAGCCGGUGCGACGGACGAGUGGAGAUCUUCCAGGAUGGGGCGUGGGGCAGAGUCCUGGAUGAGCAGUGGGAUGUGCAGGAGGCCAGCGUGGUGUGCCGGCAGCUGCGGUGCGGAGAGGCAGGGACAGCCUACAACCCCCCAAAGCCUGAGCGAGGAACGGGCCCCGUGGGGCUGCGAGGGGUCCGGUGCGCAGGGCACGAGGCCAAGCUGACCCUCUGCGACACCUCCCUGCCCGGCAGUGCGCUGGCGGCAGGGCUUGCGCAGGACGUGGGAGUCAUUUGCUGGGGGAGCCGGCGGGUCCGUCUGGUGAACGGGGCCGGGCGCUGCGCAGGGAGAGUGGAGAUCUACUCCCAGGGCAUCUGGGGGACUGUCUGCGACGACGGCUGGGACCUGUCUGAUGCCGCCGUCGUUUGCCACCAGCUGGGCUGCGGAGGGGCAGUGGAGGCAGCUGGUUCCGCUCGCUUUGGGGAAGGCUCCGGGCAGAUCUGGCUGGAUGGUGUGAACUGCUCUGGGGCCGAAGCUGCUCUCUGGGACUGCCCGGCUGGGCCCUGGGGGCAGCACGACUGCGGGCACAAAGAGGAUGCGGGAGUCAUCUGCUCAGAGUUCGUGGCCCUGAGGCUGGAGAACAGUGACGGCUGCUCUGGGCGCCUGCAGGUUUUCUACAACGGGACAUGGGGGAGCGUUUGCUCUAACUCCAUCACUCACGACACGGUGACGCUGGUGUGCAAGGAGCUGCGAUGCGGGGACGGAGGAUCCCUGAAAACACGCCUGCCCUCUGGCAGGGUGUCUGGCCCUGCCUGGCUGGAUCGCGUGCAGUGUGGGGAGACAAACAGCUCCUUCUGGCAGUGUCCCUCCAUGCCCUGGAACCCACAGUCAUGUGAAUACCUGGAAGAGGAGAUCCACAUCACCUGCAAUGGGGGACAGCCAGAAAUGCCCCCGACCCCGCUGGCGCCGUGCCCCAACUCCGCAAGCUGCACAGCCAGGGAGAAGAUUCGUGCCAUGGGAGGCGAGGACGGGUGCUCGGGCAGAGUGGAGGUCUGGCACCAUGGCUACUGGGGGACAGUGUGCGACGACUCGUGGGACAUGCAGGAUGCCGAGGUGGCGUGCAGGCAGCUGGGCUGUGGCCCCGCAGUGUCUGCCCUGCAUGAGGCUGCGUUUGGGAUGGGGACGGGCCCCAUCUGGCUGGAGCAGGUGGAGUGCCGGGGGACGGAGCCGUCCCUGCAGGACUGCUGGGCCCGGCCCGGGGACAGCGGGGCUUGUCGGCACAAGGAAGAUGCUGCCGUGCGCUGCUCAGAUACACCCAGGACGGCAACACCACCGCCCCAAGCAGGCUCCUAUUCAGAGGAGUCCCUGACCCAGCUGCAGCCCCACCCUGGGGUCAGCGAGGAGGAGGAUGGUCUGGGAUCAGCACCAGGGGGCAGCCUGCGCUCCUGGAGAAGUGCCGAGGUCCCUGGAGCUGAAGGAGACACCUCGUCCCUGUCCCCAGGGAGCAUGGGCUAUGAUGAUGCUGAAGAGGUGCCUGUGGCACUUCCCUCCUCUGGGGGCUUUGACCCAGAGCUGGUGCUUCCUAGCCAGGUGUCAGGGCAUCUCCCUGAGGCUGCUCAGAGGGAGCAGAGAACAGAGACAUAG